UUUCGAUGGCUUACGGGGUAGUUAACUAGUAUGGGAUGCUUAAGUUAUAAUAACUGUUUCCCCUCCCGGCUCCUCCGCGGUCCAAUGGUGAUCGGCAGCCUUGCGUCAGGCAACGACAUUUGGAUAGUCUAAGCCGAGCAUCAGUGUGACACGUCCUGCCCGGCUCACGUGCGAUGAGCUUGUCUCUAGCGACCUGCUUGCACUCCAUCUUCCCUCGUCGGAUUUUAUCAGUACCUUGCAUCGCUCGUUGAUUUCUUAUCGAUUAUUAUUAUUAAGGGAAUCCCGAUCAUCCCGCAUCGUUGCAGCUACUGUCGCUGCCCCCGCAUAAUCCAUCAUGAAGUUCCUCACAGCCGUCGCGCUGGGAGCUGCAGCGUCAACCACGGCGCUGGGUGCUGUUCUCCCCCAACAGCAGCAUCCCUUGGCUGGAGCACCAGUCGAACAUCAGGUCUCACCUACUGCAGAGAAGUACCUUAUCGAAUUGGCGCCGUAUGAGACACGAUGGGUGACGGAAGAGGAGAAGUGGGCGUUGAAGCUGGAUGGAGUCAAUUUUAUCGAUGUCACAGCCGAAAUCACCAGCCCUUCGCAUGCGAGGUUCCAUACGUACAAUACCGUCCGAUAUCCGUCUAAGAUGGCACACGAAACCACCGUGAAACCACUCACUAAGAACCUCUCGAAGAAGCACAUGAAGCGUAACCUAGAACAUUUCACAUCCUUCCACACCCGCUAUUACAAGUCGGAAACUGGUAUCCAGUCCGCAACCUGGUUAUAUGGCCAAGUUGAGCAGAUCAUCAAGGAGUCUGGCGCAGCAGACUAUGGCGCCACUGUGGAGAAGUUCAGCCAUCCCUGGGGUCAGUUCAGUAUCAUUGCUCGGAUCCCUGGUCAAAGCAAUCACACUGUAGUGUUGGGAGCCCAUCAAGACAGCAUUAACCUGUUCCUUCCGUCUAUCCUAGCUGCUCCAGGUGCGGAUGAUGACGGCAGCGGUACAGUAACUAUCCUCGAGGCCCUCCGUGUUCUGCUGCAAUCGGAGGAUGUCUCUCACGGCAACGCCACCAACACGGUUGAGUUCCACUGGUACUCCGCCGAGGAAGGAGGCUUGCUAGGCUCCCAGGCUAUCUUCUCGCAGUACAGCAAGGACAGGAGGAAUGUGAAGGCUAUGCUGCAGCAGGAUAUGACUGGUUAUGUCCAGGACACUCUUGAUAAGGGUCUGAAAGAGUCUGUCGGUGUCAUUGUCGACUACGUUGACAAAGGCUUGACUGAAUUUAUCAAGGAAGUCAUCACCACGUACUGUGACAUUGCCUUCGUUGAGACCAAGUGCGGCUACGCCUGCUCGGACCAUGCAUCGGCGAGCCGGUACGGCUAUCCGUCUGCCUUUGUCAUUGAGUCUGAAUUCGAGAACUCUGACAAGAAGAUCCACAGCACGGAAGAUAAGAUUAAGUAUCUUAGUUUCGAUCAUAUGCUGCAGCACGCGAAGAUGAGCCUGUCGUUCGCCUAUGAGCUUGCUUUCGCCCCCCUACUUCUCUUGGGGAAACAUAUCCCACACACCACUCACUAUCAACAUUCAUAUAUACAUACAGUUAAGAUGGAUCUAUCAGUACCAUACGCCAAGGAACUUAACAUUGCCUCGCUGGUUGUGCAGCGGGCAGCUCUUCUUACCAAAACCGUCCUCGAGGCCGUGGACAAGGGAGCUUUGGACAAGCAUGACUCAACCCCAGUGACGAUAGCAGACUUUGCAGCCCAGGCUCUCAUAAUCAGUGCACUACAUCAGACCUUUCCGGACGACAAAUUCGUGGGCGAGGAAUCUGCACAGUCUCUCCGAGAUGACGCUGAACUACUCGACCGUGUCUGGGGGCUCGUAUCCACGACAAGACUGGAUGAUCCCCAGAUUGAGUCUCUCCUAGCAGCUCCUGAAACAAAGGACGAGAUGCUCGAUCUCAUCGAUCUCGGAGGGAACGGCGAUGGCGGACGCAGCGGCCGCAUUUGGGUCCUCGACCCUGUGGACGGGACGGCGACUUUCAUGAACGGUCAGCAGUAUGCAGUCUGUCUUGCAUUAGUAGAAGAUGGAGAGCAAAAGCUCGGUGUGUUGGGUUGUCCGAACCUGAAUUUGGAGAAAGGGCAGAUCUUCGAGGAUGUCGUCGAUAAGGACGGCUAUGGCCUAAUGAUCUCCGCCAUCGCUGGACACGGUGCUACUGUUCGGCCAAUGGGUCGUGGUGCGCUACUUCCAGCAAAACGACUUGAGAAACUUCCCCCCGUUUCGAGUACCAGCGAGCUACGCUUUGUUGACUGCUUAACCGCCAAUUCCUCGGAUUGUGAGAAGCAUAAGCAGGUGAUUACUCGAUUGGGAGCGCCGUGGCCACCGACCACGAACCUUUGGUCGGCCCAGAUGCGAUAUAUUGCUAUUGCCGUCGGCGGUUGCAACGCCAUGAUCAAGAUCCCGCGAAAGAAAGGCUAUCGCUCGAACCUAUGGGAUCAUGCGGGCGGGAUGCUCAUUGUGGAGGAGAUUGGGGCCAAGAUUACUGACUUGGAUGGCGCAUCGGUCGAUUGCGGACUAGGAAGGACUAUCGCUGGUUGCUACGGGAUGGUAGUGGCGCCAGAAAGUAUUCACGGUAAACUAUUAGAGGCUGUUCAGCAGUACCUGAAGGAAGUUGACUGUUAG